AUGAUGGCAACUAGGCUCGGAAUUCUCUCCAUGAUUCUGUGCUUUGCCCUAGGCAUCUCGAACAUCUUCACUACGAUUGUCGUCAUGUACAUUUUCUGUGCCUUUGCCUUGGCCUCUUCCUUCAUCAUUCUCUUCAUUGAGGUGCCGCUUCUCCUCCGGAUUUGCCCAACCUCGUCCAAAUUCGACGCCGCGAUCCGCCAGGUAUCAACCAACUACAUGCGCGCUGCAGUGUAUGGUGUCAUGAGUCUUCUCCAAUGGCUGAGCGCAAUUCCUGCCAGAACCAGUCUGAUCGCUGCUGCUGUCUUCCUCAUGUUCACUGCUCUCUGCUACCUGCUCGCCGCCGUCAAGCACCAGGCUUUUGUUGGCAGCAAGACAUUGGGCGGACAGGGUGUGGCACAGAUGAUCGUAUAG